CACGUAUCAAACCAUGAGUCAGGUUUUGGAUGCCAAGGAAUCAUCAUCAUUGUGCAGCAUUUUUACAACGUGCGCUGUUACGGCUGAGACAUUGACAGGCAUCUGGUGGCAGUGGCCGAAAUGAUAUAUAAAUAAAAAGGUGUUCAUUCCAAGGAGCGAGCUUCGAUCAUCCUAGGGCGACCGCGUCAAAUAACUACGCUCAUGUUCGUUAUGUCUGCCAUGUCCUCCAUGUUUUUCCUCUUCUCCUUGCUCUCUCUCUUCUUUACCGGCACGGAGGCAGCUGCCGUUUCAGCAAUUCCGACUCUUUCGUACAAGUUCACCCUUGCUGCAUUGAACACGUCGCUACCAAACACGAAUGACACGGGUGUGCCCUUGGUACUCGGGCAAAAUGGCGCAACUGAUGGAAUGACCUUCGAGGUGACAUCGACUUACGCGUCAUAUCCAUACAAUGACUAUCCUUAUAUCUCGCUCAAUGGGGGCAGUCUCAAGGCAUACCGCUCUUCGGGCAUAUCCAUCACGAAUGCCACCACAGUACAGAGUGGGGGAGAGCUCGAGUGGGCCACGAGCAGUUUUUACAGUGCAACCCCUGGUACGAGUUACUCUGCAGUGACGCCCCCAUCCGGGAAAUAUGCUGUUCUGGCCGUGUUUGGGAAUGUGGAUAUGUGGUCCCUGUGCCCUUCGAGGGCGUUCCGUGGGCAGAAUAACGUGAUAUAUAAUGUUUCUACUGUGGCCUCUCCAUAUGCGUCGUAUAUCCCCUCGGAUUGCUGUAAGGUUACGUUAAACAUCGUGCCGUUAUAAAUUAAAUGCCUUAGAUAAAUCUUCUUACAACAACUUUUGGGUGCU